AUGCCAUGCCUCUACAAUAUAGAAUAUGCGCUCGUACUGCUUAUCUCUUCCACACUAUCAGGGGCGACGAGUCUUCGUCUCGAUGCGGCUCCAAUCCACCAAGUACAGAGUCAUCUAGACGAGUGUAUUACGUUAGACUCGUGUUGGCAGUACCCCGUUAAGUUGCAUAGCGGAUUGGACUUUGUUAAUUGCAGCACAAAGUUUGGAAUUGAGUCGUCUGCAAAGCAUGGCCCCGACGGUGUUCGACUGAAGCUAACAGUGGAAUCCAUAGGUCCAGAGUGUGAAUCUGGCGAUGUUAUGAAAGCGCACGUCCAUGGUCCUGAAGAUUUCACUGUUGGGGUUGACAUACGCCUCCCGCAGGUGGUGGAGUUCAACAGUGCUGAGUUCGUUUUGCCAUUUCCAGGGUGGUACGCGGUGGACAUAUUCCAUCAUUACAUCAAGGGUCUGGGUCAAGCAGGCCCCAAUACAAACAAGAUGUUUGGCAAUCGGAGCAUGACGUGUGGUAUUGAGCUAUCGCCCACUUGUGCUGCCUAUUCCAACAUGGGUUUAUUUAGGACAAAUCGGCGAACUUGCGAUUUCAAGCGUGACGACCCUACAAAAGGAUUCUGGCAGAUCUCAAAUUUGAAGCGCGUUUGGCACCCGUGGGGUGGAUGCACUAGUACCUGA